GGUUAUGUGAGUGAUGGUGAUAGUAAGUUUUGGACCUGAAGUAAUGUGUACUCAGAUAAAAAGUUCUUUCCAAACUCCUUAGAUUGCUAAUUUCUAACAUCGGUAUUGAUUUAGUUUUAUUGCUGGCUCUCUAAUUAAAUUUUUCUUUCUCUAUUGCGCCUUUUAGUGACUGAAAAUGGUAUUGCUCGAAUACCAAGCUGUUGUCCUCGCUGGUGGGAAGGGCUCCCGAAUGACUGAAAUUACAGCCAGAAAAGCAAAAUGUUUGCUCCCUGUAGGCAACUACCCAAUGGUUUGGUAUUCUUUGCAGAUGCUUGAACAUUUCGGAUUUCAAGAAGUUAUUGUUGUCGUUCAAGAGGCUGUCAAAAGUGAGACAGAAGCAAUUCUGGAGGAUUGCGGUCUGAAGCUUAGAUUAGAUGUUUUUGGAAUUCCUGUAAAUGAAGACUGGGGUACAGCAGACUCCCUUAGACAUAUUGCAGACUUCAUCAAGUCCGAUGUGCUUGUCAUAAGUUGUGAUCUCAUAACUAGUAUAGAUCUGCAUGCUGUCCUGAAUGCUCAUAGAAAGUAUAAUGCAACUCUAACGGCUGUAUUUUUCCCCUCACAAGAGGAAAAUUUUGCUUCUCUUCCCACUCCAGGUCCAAAAUCUAAGAGUAAGACAGAGCAAGAUAUUGUGGGAAUCUCGAAUAGCACCUCAAGAUUACUUCUCUUAGCGUCUGUUUCCGACUAUGAAGAAGUCUUGCCAAUGCGUAAAGAUAUAAUCAAGAAACAUGGAAGAAUCGGAUUGCAUUCAACACUAUUAGAUGCUCAUCUGUAUAUUAUGAAAAAGUGCCUCCUUGACUUCCUAGUUCAGAAUAAGUCCAUAAGCACCGUCAAAGGAGAACUUUUGCCUCACAUAGUGAAAAAACAGUUCAGCGCACAAAAUAGUCUCUCAGUGGAAUCGAAAAACAAGGAUCAAAUGGAAGUAAUUAGAGACAGUUCUGAAAAAGAAAAAGAAUCAAAAGAUAUCUUUGAUUUUAUACACCCUGAUGAAUUGAGUCAAAAGAUCCAAGCCAUGUCAACGUUCAAUGAUCAUUUUGGAGACUCAAAACCAGUUUAUCACAAUGACAUUCUUAGAUGUUAUGCUUACAUACCCCCUAGUGACCAGUAUGCUGUGAGAGUCAAUACUCUCUCCCAGUAUUGCUCUAUCAAUCGACAGAUAAUUUCUCGUUGGAAUGAACUAACCAAUAAAAAAGAAAUGAAGCUAAUCUCAGCAAACAAUGAAAUCCUUUCAACCCAGCUAGAUGAGUUUACUUGUGCUGUCGGUAGUUAUUCCAAAGUAUCGGAGAAAACGUCCAUCAAAACUACUCUAAUAGGAUCAAAGUGUAAAAUCAAUCCCAAAACGAGAAUAACAGACUCAAUCAUAAUGAACAAUGUCACCAUUGGAGAAGGGUGUGUUAUCUCAAAUUGUGUUAUCGGUGAUGAUGCUGUCCUAGAGGAUGGAUGCCAACUCAAAGAUUGUGUCGUUGGUAGUCAGCAUGUAAUCCACAAAAAUGCAAAACAUUCAAAUCAAAGUUUAAUGGACAUUGACCGACUGAUGGAAAUUUAAACGGGGAAACCACACUUGAAGGUAUAGAUUCUAAUCUGUGAGGACAAUUGAGUCAUGAAGUCUGAAUGAGGUUCAUUCAAGACCUACAGUGAGCGUCACUUCUCAUUUAUGUAUUACGAUCCUGUUCAAAGUUCUCAUCAGAAUCUACACACUAUCUGGUCUUGUGAAUACCACUUUACUAGGUAAAUUGGCUCGAGCUAAGAGCCUGCCCUGAAAAUGGAAGUAUUCGCUCCUUUAAGCCUGGCUAGGUGCAGGCUUGAACUAUCAAGAAUUAUAAGUAAAAGAGUUUUAUUGGGAUUUCUUUGCUUUAAACCCAUUUCAUGACUCAGGGCCCAAAAAUUUAUCUGGAUUUGGGCACACAGUACACCUCAGUGUUGUUUGUAUUAGCAUCCAUAUUAACACACAUAUUGUGUUUCAUGAUUCCUAUGUAAGUCGUCAAUUUUUCUGUAUCUGGAAUUUUUGUUGCUAAAUUAGGUCGUGUCUCUUUGAGACGUUCUCAUGAGAUUUUUCGCUGGGAAAAAACUCAUUUGCGAAGCUGGCGCAAAUACUAACUAAUUCAAUAUUAAUUGCAGUAUCAAAUAAGAUCUUGGUAGAGAUCCAAAGAAUCUGAAAGAGCGGGAGAAGAAGUGAAGCAAAUUGUGUGAUAUUUUGUUGUUCACUAGAUUGUUCAAGUUUGUUUGAUUUAAUUCAUAUUUUAAUUUUUAAUUGUGUUCAAUCAGUAUCUUAAUUCAGGUUAAAUACUCGAUUUUUACUACUCUAUCUUCCUGCGCAAACUCAUCGCAGAAAAUGUGAGAGCCCUGUCCUAUGGAGAUGUUAACAAUGAAAAAUCCCAGUUCUGACCCUGUAACUCAUUCCUCGGAAAAAUGGCAUGAAAACGUACUUUGGAGACAAGGCCUCAUGUAUUUGAAUGCAUUAUCUUGCACAUGGAAGUCAAGAAAGCCCUAGAUAUAGCCAUUCACUUGUACCACUGACUUAUGAAGUUCAAUUUUUUUUACAAAAUAGCUAAUUAAAGUAAAUUUGAGAUUUUAGACAC